AGAGAGAGAGAGAGAGAGAGAGAGAGAGAGAUCGAGAGAGAGAGAUCAGUAAACAUUGUUAGGGUAUGCGGUUCAUGUGAUAGUUUUUCUACUAUAAUAUCUACUAAAGCCUGGAUUUAGAAAUAAUACCUCUUCAAUAGAAAAACUUAGUGCGCUUAUUUUUUUCCGGAACUGAGUUUUGGGUAUAUUUGGAUUUUAGUUCUUAUUCGUUUUAUAUAUUUUUUUUUCAUAUGAGUUAUACAGCCCCUAUAUCUAUUUAUAUAAUAGAAGUUUUAUUAAGAUAGCAAGCUAUUGGGUGUGGGUUUUCUUUAAAUAAGACAUUAUUUUUUAUUUUUUUUUUUUAUGUUUUAGAUCUAGGCCCACAUCCAAUGACAGCAGAGCUUAUAUAAUUACGUCGGUUUUCAUUGCAAGAUGGCGGACCCCUUUAAUGAGAAAACGCCAGCUCUUAGAGUUAGUCAAUUGGAUGCCUCAGAACUGGACAAUGAAGUUGUACACAUCAUAAAAGCACAACUGAACAAGUUAUUCAAAUAUCACAAGAGCAAUGUGCUGGUUACUUAUGAUCCAGAAGUAACUGCUGUCAUAAAGACCAUCAUCUGGAGAUUUACCAUUUAUGCACAUGAGAGCACAAUUGGACAACAGAUACUGAAUUUGAAAUACAGUGGCACUGCUCAGCAGACGUCGUGGAUGAGCAGACGACAGAAGAUUCUGUAUGGCCUGAUCCUUAUUGUCUGUCCUUGGCUGAGGGAGCGGACAGAUAACUUGCUCAAUUUUGUAGGGUUGUCACAAUACCACAGGAAGAUCCAGAGAAUUCUGAAAUGGCUAGACAUUAGUCUGAAGCUAGCAGCAGUUCUUAACUUUCUGGUAUUCCUUCAAAAUGGGGUGUACCAGACAAUAGCUGAGAGGAUACUGGGGAUACAGGCAAUGUUCCCAAACAGACAAGGUGUCAGACAGGUCAGUUUUGAAUAUAUGACAAGGGAAUUGCUCUGGCAUGGAUUUUCUGAGUUCUUGUUUUUUACCCUUCCCUUGAUCAAUUUCCAACGUGUGAAAAACUUUGUGCGGAGCCACAUCUUGCGGAGACCUGACGACCCUGCAGGGGAUGGCCUGAGGGUGAUGGAGUGUGCUGUAUGUGAGGACGUCCCCACAAAUCCCCAGGAAAUUGGCUGCCCACACCUGUUCUGUUACUACUGUGUACAGAGUAACUACAAGGCAGAUCCAAACUUUUCCUGUCCAAGAUGUCGAACGAACAUUCCAGUUGUUGCCAGUAUACGCCCAUAUAGAGCUGUUAUUUCAUAGGCUCAAGAAACAUGUACCCAUUGUCUUUCAAACUUGUGUCCAUUAAGAUGAGUGGCAGAAAGGUUAAAAAUACAAAAUGAACAACUAAUAAUUCAUAAUUCAAUGAUAAUAAUCAUGUUUGAAUUCCUUUGAUGAUAGAAGUAAUUUAUCGCUUAAGGUGAGUGCUCUGUAUACAUUACACAUAUUUAUCUUUUUACAGGGUGUGUGUGUGGUAUGUUGUUUGUCAUAUUGAACAAAGUACGGAAACUGAUAAUUAUGACGUUUACAUCAAAUUACAGGCUCAUGCACCAUCUAGCAUUAGUUCUGAUAAUGUCUGUUCUUCUUUCCACACCAUAUAACAUCCUUGGUGAUCAUUCAUCUGGCAACAGUAUGUUGAUUUGCAGUUGAGUCUAUCAAUUUUGUUAUAAGCCUGUCUGUAAUGUAUUUCAGUAUGUUUUUGAAAAUCAGUUGUUCAUUUUGUAUUAAUGUCUUUUUUACCCUUUCUGCAAUCCAUACAUUUAGCUUUAAUAAAACAUUUUAGAAGA